AUGGCCCACAUCCUUGUCGAUCACGAAAUUAGCCCUCACGACCCUAUGCCGGCUGACUAUCUUGAGCCCAUCAAAGCCCUGUGGGUAGACAAUGGUGUUCGAGCGGCUAUUGGGAUGGGCAACGAAUAUGCGUUACACGACAACCUGACUUACUUCAUUGAAGACAUCGAUAGACUUUGGGGAGAGGACUAUGUCCCCGAUGACCAGGAUCUUCUCCGAUCGCGAUUGCGAACUACUGGUAUCACAGAGACCAUCUUCGACCUCGGCCAACUAACCUACCGAAUGUUUGAUGUCGGUGGCCAGCGUUCAGAACGAAAGAAGUGGAUUCACUGCUUUGAGAAUGUCAACUGCCUAUUGUUCUUGGUCGCAAUUAGUGGUUAUGACCAGUGCUUGGUUGAGGACAAGGAUGGGAACCAAAUGAACGAGGCGCUCAUGCUUUGGGAGUCGAUUGCCAACUCGCAUUGGUUUGCCAGAUCAGCGCUGAUCCUGUUCCUGAAUAAGAUGGAUCUGUUCAAGGAGAAGCUCCCCAAGAGCCCUAUCACGAACCACGGGUUCACCGAUUACCACGGACCCAAGGACGACUACAAGGCGGCGAGCAAGUACUUCCUAGACAAAUUCAAGGCUCUGAACCGAAACACCGAGAAGGAGAUUUAUGGCCAUUUCACCAAUGCUACCGAUACGAACCUGCUCAAAAUCACAAUGGCCUCAGUCCAGGACAUGAUCAUCCAACGCAACCUCAAGCAGCUCAUUCUCUAA